AUGGGGAGAAUUGGGAAGAAUGGAAGGGGCUCGGGAGGGGGAAUCGUUCGGCUGUGGCAGCGGGAGGUUGGGGACCUCAACCCGCGGACCUUCAAGCACCGUGUUGGGGCAUCUGAGGUCAGUUUGAGUUUCCGUCCUGGUUGCCCUGUUUGCUGUGGAUUGAUCGUCUUUUUUUCAGUUAGAUAGUUUAUCCGAUGACUACCCCAGCCCACUGAAGCAUUUUUUGGGUAGAUCCUUUUUGCUGUGCUACAAUUUUUAUUUUGAUGGGAUCUCUAUAUCCAUGUGAAUCCGUAUUUAUGGUCCCAUCUUUUCAUCUCCCUCUCCCCCUCGUCCCACCUGCACCCUCUUCAGUUUCUUCCUUCAGUUUCAGCCUUUGUCCGUUCUGCCUUCUUUGGUCUUUUCUACUGUCUCUCCUUCCUUUGUCUCUCGCACUUUCUGUUUCUCAACCUCGCGCUCUCCUCCUGCUUUUCUUCUCUUUCUUCGUAUUCACAAGGGAAGGAAGAGGGUAUCCCCCCCCCCUCCCCCUUGUGAAUAAUUUUGGAGUUGAACGUGCUUUUUAUGUCAAAGACGAGGUAGACCGUGUUUUCAUUUCAUAUGGGAUGCCUAAUUUAUGUUCAAUAAAAUAUUAUUGCAAUAAAUUUUCAAAUAGUAGUUAUGUAUAGUUUAGGAAUAGUUUGACAAUAUUUCUUUUGCCAGUUAAGGAUUCCAACGUGCUGCUCAGAAUGAUAAACAUGGAAUGAUACCCAAAGUGAUCAAAUAUCUUUCUCGCAAAUUGCAUCUUGUCGCCUAAUAAUGCUUUGAAAAGUGUGAUUUUGGCAAAGUCUCAUGUUUGGAUUCGAACCGAAUCAGGAUUCAUUUGCAUUUCAUUCUAGCCAUCAUCACUUGGGGUUAAAAUAAGUUAUUUACCACCAAUUAUGAUUCAUCUAAGUGGCUUCAGUUCUCUCCUAAACAUUCAGCCUUGUUUUCCAUGUAUUUCAUUUUUCCCUCUCCUCUUUCCUUUUCCUUUUUUUUCAUUUAACUUAUUUUCUCCAUCCUUCUGUUUGCAUUUUUUUUCCUCUUUCUUUUUGCUCCCCUGUUGUUAGUCCGGUCACUCCAAGUAAAUUAGAGGCAGUGGUUGGACCUCCGUUUUGACUGUCGCAACAGUGAAUGAGCUACUGUCAUUGAAAAAUGGUGGCUGCAGUGUCAUGUGUAGGAGGAUAUUUUGCCUGGUGGUAUGUGAAGAUGGCCGUAUUAUCCAUUUAUAUCUUCUGUUUCAUGCCAUCUUUGAGCCACCUGGAAGCUAUUGGCCGAAUUUUUUUUUCUCCCUGGUUUAUCCAGUGAUUUGCCUUUUUGUUGACCGAAAUACUAGUGAAAAGCAGACCAUUUUCUGAUCCUGCAAGUUCCUGCCUAGAACACCAUCUAUUAAAAGAAUUCUUAAAAAAUUGUGUUCACAAACUCUCCGUGUAUUAUCUCCUGAUCUUUCUCGUUUUACAGGAUCUUAUUUUGCGGUUGAGUAUCCACAACAAGCUGGAAAAGCACAGGGGUUGCGUUAACACAGUAACCUUUAACACAGAUGGUGGCAUUCUUGUAUCCGGAUCUGAUGACAGAAUGGUAAUCCUUUGGGACUGGGAACCCGGACGGCCCAGGUUGUCGUUUCACUCGGGCCACACAAACAAUGUCUUCCAAGCAAAAAUCAUGCCUUACUCAGACAACAAGAACCUUGUGACUUGUGCUGCAGAUGGUGAGGUAUGAUGUUUCCCCCUUGAUUAGUUUGAUCAAUCUGUGGAGGACGACUAUACAUUGAACGCCUUCGCACUUGACUUAUUCUGCAGGUUCGAUAUGCCCAGAUCCUAGAAGGUGGGCCGGUGGAAACCAAGAUGCUGGCUAAGCAUGAAGGCCGGGCUCACAAGAUGGCUUUUGACCCAGGAAGUUCACACAUAUUUUACAGCUGUGGUGAAGAUGGCGUGGUUCAGCAUGUUAGUGUCUCUUGAUCCGCAUAUUCUCUUGCAGCAAUUGGGUCAUUAAAUCCGCCAAUAUCUCCUGACGAGUUAUUCUUAUUCUGCAGUUUGACCUGAGAACACAGUUUGCUACACCGCUAUUCACAUGCAAAUCAUUCCGUGGCCGAUCGUCAUACUUGGCAACCGUUCAUCUAAAUGCCAUUGCAAUAGACCCACGGAACUCCAGUCUCUUUGCCAUUGCCGGAUCAGACGAGUAUGCACGCCUAUAUGACAUUCGGAAAUAUAAAUGGGAUGGAUCAACUGAUGGCCAUUAUCCAGUUGAUUCCUUCUGCCCACCUCAUUUGAUUGGUGACGGCCAAGUAGGGAUCACAGGACUGGCGUUCUCAAACUGUAGUGAGCUCCUCGUUUCCUACAAUGAUGAGCUUAUCUACCUUUUCUCAAAGGAGGAAGGGUUGGGGCCAGAGCCGGGUUCACUUGCUCUUGAGCCUGCUACCACCAGGAGUGGAUCAGGAUCGAGCUCUGCUGCGGCCUCUGACAUAGACACUGAUUUCAAACCUGGGCCACAAGCCUACAGCGGGCAUCAGAAUUGUGAUACGGUAAAGGGUGUGAACUUCUUUGGCCCGAAUUGUGAAUAUGUAGUCAGUGGAUCAGACUGUGGACGCAUCUUCAUCUGGAGAAAAAAAGAUGGAGAGCUCUUAAGGGCUAUGGAGGCAGACAGACAUGUGGUUAAUUGUAUCGAGCCCCACCCUCAUGCUACCGUGCUUGCUAGCAGCGGUCUUGAGGAUGACAUCAAGCUGUGGACCCCUAAUGCCAUUGAACCAGCACCUCCAGUGAACUUGGACGAGGUAUUCACUCUCACUUUAAUAUUCCAUUAUUUCGUCCUACAAACUGGCAUAUGCUUCUAUUUUUGUGUUGAAUGGAUUGUUUAUUGUCUGAAAAAGAGCCACAAUAUCAUGCCAAGGACAGGAGUGCUUAUAUUACUUUUUAGGACUUGCAUAAUAGAUGGAGGAAGAUCAGAUUGUAUGGAUUUUCUGAAGUAAAGAUUUCCCUUUUCUUCUUCAUAUGAACUGCCACAUUCCUCCAUCUAUCCAGUUGGGAGGACUACUUAAUUUCUGCAAAAUGAGCGACCAGAUUUCUCACAUUAGCGUUUUAGAACCUGGGUGGCGGAGGUAGGAAGAUCUGAUAUGUUGCAUUUUUUGCAGUAAAUAGUUUCCUUUUCUCCAUCCUAUUAGCUGUCAUAUUCUUCUUUUUUUUCUGUUGAAUCGGCUAUUUUAUGUCUGAAAAACGAGCACCCAUUUCCUGCCAAGAACAAUAUUUCUCACAUUAGCUUUUCUAGAACUUUUGGGUUAGCGGACGGGGGGACAUCUGAUGUGAUGCAAUUUUUGCUGAAAAUAUUCCCUUUUUUCUUCCUAAAAACUGUAAUAUUCUUCUAUUUUUGGCUUGAACUGCCUACCCUCUAUCCGAAGAAGAGAGUCAUUUCCACUGCUGAGAACAUGGUUUCUUACAGUAGCUUUUUAUAACUCAGGCGGCAGAGGGAGACCUGAUUUCUCUGCUGUUCCUUUUUUCUGCGGAAGGUUCUGACGCCUGAUGGAAUUGCUUGCUUUGCGCUUGAUGACUAUGACUGCGACUACACCGACGACGACUGCGACCUUGACGAUGCCGAUUCCGACUCCGAUGGUGACCUCGACUCCGACGAUGACCUCGAUUCCGGCUCCGGCGGCGACGACGACGACGACGACGACGACGACAAUGCGAUCGCCUCCGGCCCAGCUACACCAUGGGAGGAGAAGGCAUCGCCGGGGCGUACCCCGUAA